GGACCACCGUCGCACGUGAGUCGUGAAUUAUUACUUGAAAGGGGGAGAGUGGUGAUAGAGUCGAAAGAGAGAGAGAGAGAAGGUUUGCCGGUGCGUAUUUUAUCAUACUUCAUAGCCGGCUCGCUGACGGCUGAAGUGUUUUAUUUGACCAGAGAACUAACUUACUUGACAGAGUCGUGACUCGUGUGGCAGGACCACCUACCAUCAUGCCAGUGGCAGUACAGCUACAGGCGUAACAACUGCCAGGCAAACGAACACGACAGCGCUACAAAGUGCCAGUGGCUGUGCGCUUAGCUAGAGCAGUUGGCUCAAGACUAGACUGGAUUAUUCCAUCAUUUGUUCCGUAACAGUUUGACGGAGACGUGCGCCAGUCACAUGAGUAUGCCCUUGCGGACACCUACUGUACAUGUGUGUCAGGAUCAGUAGAGGCAGCGCUCAGAAGCCUGCAACUAAUUAUUUGGAUAUUAUCUGGUGAAUUGGUGGAGGUUUUCAGCAGUUUAUUGCCCAGCAGGGUGGCGUUGUUACAGUGUGGACUGGAGGCUAUGCGCUCCAAGAAAAACACGCCGCAGACCUGUGCACUUUCUGCUUUCAAUCCUUGAGCUGUCUCUGCACCGCGUUCCUCUGUACCAACAGUCAGCCGCGUUGCAAAAGAGUAGAGCCCUCUCGUGCGCACUGCUGCGCAAAAUGGGCCGAAGUGUGCGCUCGUUCUUUCUCCCGGACAUUCUGCCUCUGGUAAUCCUGACAACGGUGUUCCUAGCAGCCGGCAGUCCUGUCAGGCCACAGUCUCGCGCUGGUACGGGCGGCAAGAAAGUCAGAGCGUUAUUGUCCCCUGUCACCAACCCUACACACCGGGAGUUCAAUAGCAACGAGCAGAGAAGCUACAAAGAUAUUCGCAAUGGACGUCAGCUUUCCAGCCUGAAAACUUCAAGAGCAAGUCGAAGUGACGCACUCUUCUCCAAGGAGGAAGGAACUAUCAACACACAUCCAUCCAGAGGCCAGUCAUCAUCUAGGAGAAGAGGCUAUGAUAAUGCUUUUCGUGAGCCUGGUACGGAUGCACCGGUAGUAUCUACUAGAGCUCCACAUGCCUUUGAGAAACCAUACCGAAAGCCGAAACUGCAAUAUCCGAGAAGAUCAGAAAACGAUCGGCUCUCUCAUGAUGAUGGCAUGUCCAUGAAGAAAUUUGGUGACGGAUUUCGGAGUGAUGAAUCCUUUCACAGGCCUCAAGAGAAACGGGUGGCUGCACAUAACACUUACCGAAAAGAGGACACGCCCAGGCGGUCGUCCGAGCGAGCUGGCAAUGCCCGUGGAGCCCCAGCACAUGGUGAGGCAAGUAGAAGGAGAGGAGAUAGCGCACUGGUAGAAAGUGAUGAAGAAGGCAGAGCUGAUGUAGAGAAGGAAGUCGUGGAGACGCCGACUCUUCCGCCAAGCAACCUGGAGAAUGUAUGGCCAGCUCUGUAUGAGACGUACCUAAUGCCACCAUCACAGGAACUGCACUCUCAGGAUUUGAAUGAUGACCGGAGUUCAUACAAGAUGCUGGAGCGUCAUGGCGAAAAACCCACCUUUGACGGAGUGUUUGAGGCGAACAUGCGUGUGAUGGAUCGCUUGUGGGCUGCAGUACAUGAUGGUGACAUGAGUAACAUACUACACCAGAAGAGAAGUAUGCGACAGUCUUCAGCCCAUGUAAGCUGGGCAGACUCACUGAAGACGUUUAUCGCCGGUCAAAUAUUUCUUGAAAUCGGCAGUGGCGUUACGUCCGUGUCCGUCGCCAAUGCCUAUCCUGCCCUCAGCGUCGUCACGAUUGUUACCGAGGUUUCUCAGGCUACGGAUAUUCAGAAGGAGGCAGCGAUGAAGGGCAUUAAAAAUCUAUUUGUCUGUUACUUGCCGCCGAGUGAGAUCUUCAGUCGUAUGAAAGUUCUCCACAGGCAGACAAAGGUAAUGUUCGGCACCAUGAUGCUAAGCAAUCUAACAGCAUUGGUAGAUGGCUAUCUACCACACGAGUUUGAGGAGUUCAUGUCUGUGUUGCUGGGCCUGACUCAGCGCCUGGUUGCCGUGGCUCCAUACGACAUGAAUGAGAACAUGCAUUCCUUCUUUGCCGGUUGGAGAAACGUGAAAGAAAUGCUGGAGCGCUCGCUGGUGAAGGCCCGCAUAACAGGAACUGUGGACAAGCUGAGCAACGAUGUGCGGCCCUCUUCUCUGCUACCACAGCAUGUGGAUGAGAAAGACCUGCCUGCUGAAUACCUGAAUCGAGAUGCUCCAAAGUACGGUCCUGAUAUCCUCCAUCUACAUGCGUCCACAGUCUUGAUCAAGUCCAGUCAACGACGCUUGGACCCCGAAACAUGCCAAGGCACUGUACUGCAGGCAAAGCAAUGUAGGUUGGUUCACCUCGUUGUCAAUGGCUCCACGUUUCUAUUCCUGCAAGAAUCAGGAAAGAAAUCAGCAUCUGCCUCGUCACACAAGUCGCCAGCAUCACCCAAGCCUUUCCUCCUGAAUUCAGCCACGAUGGUGCUGUCGUUGCGGGAACUCCUUAUCAUGGGUCCGGUGGCCCAGACCCUUGCCUACCUCUCGGAGCAUAUCAAUAGUCGGAUGUGGCGCCGUGGACAGAACGAGUACACAUUGCAAUUACUGGCAGACGCCGUGCUUCUCAAUCGGUCGUCCUCGAUUGUGGUGCACAGGGUGCCUGCCACUGCACCGGAAGAGGAGGCUAUGAGAUCUGAAGUGUCAGUAAGUCAGCUACCCAAGCCGCAGUACAGUAUUCUGGUGACGGCAUCAACAAGCGCCGCAGGAGUGGCCUACCCAGACAUUGGCGGUGCGCAGUCGUUUGAGCUCAGCAGAAGCAGAGAGUUCAGCGAGGACAUGCGACUGGAAAGCAAAUUGGACACGGAAGCGCCGCACGAACUUCUUUCCCAUCGCCCGCCGCUCUCCCAACCCAGGAUCAGCGAUCGACUGCAGGAGAAACUUGCCGACUAUGCUGAGCGACACGGCAGAGGUAGGUUGCCAGCACCCGUGCCACAUCCCAAUGACAGCCCUACUGACGAUGUACAUGUAGGUAGACAGGAUAAUGACAUGGUCAGUGAUGAGGAGCAGAAUGAUAAACACGAAGGUGACUUUGCAGGCCAAGAUCCUGCGGGUGACAACGAUGGAAACGAACAGAUCAGCGAUGAGAACAACAACGAUGCUGCCGCUGAAACCCCCAAGCCCGGCGAUUUACCUGCAGAGCAGAGAGAUGAAGAUUCCGAUGAGGCAACUCAGAACAAUGCGCAGGAUCAGGAGCAGCAGGAUGGAAAUGGGCCAGAUGGCGCAGCUGCUCACUACCGUGGUAUUGUAUCAGACGAAGAUGUGGCCAGUGAUCAUCUGGAUAGGAAUGGUCAGCCUGGGACAGAGUUCAAGAACGAUGACGUGAAACUCGCUGGCCAAGACACCACUGAUAGUCCAGAAGAAGACGACCAGAAUCAAGCCGGUGUUAAUGAUGGAGGAGAUGCUCCUGGCCAAAGUGAAGCUGAUGGCAAUAAUGGCGGUGAGGAUGACAACGGAGUUGAUGUAAGGCACCAGCCUGGUCGUUCUCUGCUCUCCAUCAACGGUGCUGCACAACAGUACCACACUUCAGGCAAGUCGAUGCGUCGGCUGUUGUGGGCUACCGUACCCAAGUCGACCAUGCCUCGGUCUGGUGGAACUACAGGAACACACAUCACACCCAUAUCUACCAAGACCUCACACAGCACUGCCGGUACCACAUCCACGAGCCAGAAAAGUUCUGGCAAGGACAAAAAUGCAGUCUCAGUUGCCAAGCCCAACACCGCUGAUGCAUCCGAUAAGGAAAAGGACCAGGAUAAGGACAAGGACAAGUCUCCGAAGGAGUUGGAUACGAAGAACAAGAUUUCUCCAACACUAGAGGAAGUUGCACAAAAGAUGGCGCUUAGUUUGGAGGAAGAAGAGGUUCCUGCACCAGAGUUGCUUAGUGAAGAGGUACAGUUCAACGCUCAAUGGUCUGUGAUCCGACGGGAAUUGCAGAAAUCUGGAAAGCGACGCUUCAACUUGUUUGCUUACGGUGGUUUAACUCAAGCACUGCUGGCAUGCAAGAUUGCACACCUGUGGCCCGAAUCUAGUGUGUUGUUGGUCAUAAAGCCAUCAUCCGUUGCUGCAUUCAAUCGAUAUCGGACAUUGCGAUCCACGCUGAAGCUGUCCAAUAUAAUCGGCAGCAUGCAGGAAAUAACCCCCAGCCUGUCACUGGCUAUGGAGGAAGAGGCUGAUGUUGCUGAAUUUCAGAUCCUUGGUGCACCAGUCUUCUCCGGACUGAUUACCGAUGCUCCUCACUUCAUUCCUCAUCUGUCACGGCUACUGACGUUUGCGCGGAUCACAUUCCUGGAGCUUCCAUCACCCAAACAGCUCAAUCUAUCAGCUAGCCUGCUACAUUCUGCCGGGGAUCCAGCCCUUAAUCCAGCACAGCCUGUUCUGAGGAGCUUGAUACACCGUAGCCUACUGUUGGCAGGUGCCAAGGCAGCCAUGAACUUGCUGCCAGUAUCGGCUCUGGAACAUGAUAUGUGGCUGAGUGGCUAUCCGAUACUCAGGAUUAAUAUCACGGCUCUGGAACGAAAGGUGAUGAUGGAUUGUGCAAAGGGUCAGCAAGGCAUGCUGCAAUUAAUGCCAUCCGGUGUAUCACAGCUGGAUGGUCGCAGGCUUGGUCGAGCAGGCGAGGCAUUCAGCCUGUCACUGCUGCUGCUCAUGGGAGUGAACAGCACAGAAAAGCAAAAACUCUUUAUGAACUAUCUUCGAUUGCCUCUGAGUCAUGACAUGUGCCCAAAGUUCAUCAGCUGGUGGUCUGGAGAUCUAGUCUACGACUUGCUGUCCAAGCAGCUAGUACCAUUGCACAAGUACAAAUAUGCCAGUGUCAAGGCUCUGGUAAAGCUACUUCGAGAGAAUGUCGACAAGCGGAAGAACUGGUCUUUCCUCGAGUACGGCAGUGGACUUGCAAAUGCUACCACUGAACUAGCUGCGGCGUACCGUAACAGCACUUUCAUUUCUCUGGAGGCAUCGAUGAAGACGGCCUUCAAGCAACAGAAGCGCUUGGAUGAGUUGAAGAUCACAAACAUGGUGAUUGGUUCAAUCGAGAGUGACCAGAACUUACUGCGUAAACUCCUGGAGAGUCCUGAUAUGAUGCGCUACCAGAUGAUUGGCAUCGACUAUUUCCUCGACAUGAUUAAAAGGUUCACAAGAGUGAAUUUCAAUCAAAUGCUAGGAAGUCUAUUCUCCACCAGCGUCAGCUCGUUUGUUCAGGUACCAAGUGCAAAGAUGAUUUCUCUUGCCUUUCUAACAUUCUACCCGGAGGUGCCAAGUGGCAUUGGUCCAAGUGAAUCGGGCUCAUUCCUGUUGGCCAAGCACCCCUCUCCAGCGUAUGAAAAUGCAGAGCUGCGGAUGAUUGGUGAGAGUGCCACAUCAUCAGCGCUUAGCAGUGUGGAGUCGCACAUUCUCCACCCGCCAUACUACAAUGAAGAUCAAGAUUAUGGCUGGAAACUUAUCCGCGUAAACCUGGCUAAUCUCACCACUACAGUAAAUCAUCACUUUGACUAUGCUGUAGAUGGUCAUGAUCGCAAAUACACACAGCACUGUGAGAGCAAUGCCACACACUUCCGCAUCUACCUAGAGCGGCAGGUGGAUGGCUUUGUGAUACCGUUUGACCGACUGGAAGGCAUAUCCCUAAUCGCCCUGUUGAGACUUGGUCUACUGUCUGAUGUCAAGUCGCGUCUCUACGAGCAGUUCAUCAAGAUGCCCCUGUAUGAAGACAUGGCACCAUGGAAUAUUAUAUUCAAUGGAGGUCGUCUUGAGUACAUUGAUUACGACACCAAAGAUGUGACGUUUGAUAAAAUGGUCCCAGCAGCUUAUCAGAUCAUGUCCGUGCUGAUGAACUACCGGCGAACGGUCAAGGAUUUUGGUCACUGUAGAGACCAUGUAGACUCAGAUGCCAAGACGGCCUACAACUUUCCGUAUAUGGGAUCCUGUGUGGGAUCAAGCUUUCACGGCAAAUGCAGAAACUCGCAAUUCCCGGUACCGUGUGGUGACCACACAUGCCGCAGCUCCUAUAUUGAGUGCCUACAAGCACUACUUGAGAUGGAGACGAAGAAAGAAAAGAAGAUGGCUGUGUUUGAUUACACAGCAUCCAGACAGCCAGGUGGUGGAGGACUCAAGGACACUGUGAACACUAUCAGCUUCUCAACAUCUUCUCCCUUCGACAAUGGCCAUUGGAGCUUCGACAGCAAUGGCUACGUGGACCCCGCUAAGCAACAGGCCAACACUGGGAUCCGCUAGCGUCGACUCAAUCAGUGAGUUGGUCAAGGAGAUGAAGCUGUCCUUGCUGAUGUGUUCCACACAGUGGCAUGGCAAUUAGCAGUGCUGCCCUGUGGAGCUAGGGCUGUGUGAGUGCAUGCAGUGCUGCCCUGUGGAGCUAGGGCUGUGUGAGUGCAUGCAGUGCUACUGCUAGUGUUGAGCUACGCGUAAUCAAUCCAAAUAGGGUAACUUGAAUGACUAUACCCGGCUAUACCUGUGGUAACAGAGUACCACUGCUGGCCAAGAGGACCCAUUAUUCUGCACUACUAGAAAGUAUUGUGGAAAUAUUAUUCAUGUGGGGGACCACACUAUGCAACCACCAUUGUCAUUGACUUUUCGCAUUGCUUGUGAGAAAGUGAGCUGCAGUAUUUUCGUCAUGCUCAAAUCAUAAUUCAAUAUUAUCGAGGUGAAAUAUCAGAUGAUGUGAUUCCCAGUGUUAAUUCUAGGACCCUGUUUCUUUUUGUCGUUCCUCUGUGCUGGCGCAGUUGCAACCGGGCUGGAAAAUUCUUUCUCCUUCUCUCUUCAUUUGGUCACUUCUGUCAGUUUGAGCAAUAUAUUUAUGGUGGUUUGUUCUGUAAUUCAGAGUCUUAAUUUGUUGUAUGAAAUGAUAUUUAUUAGUCCGGAGGAGGCCUGGUGUUGCCCCAUUAUCAUCUUUUCAAUUAAACAUGCUGCAGUUCCA